AGCAGCUUAGUCAUAUUUCAAUUGGGGUUGAAAUAUUUUAGCAAUGGCUGUUUCUACUCCAUCAAAGGAGAAGAAGAACACGAAGAAGAGCAGCAACAAGGAGAAGAAGACGAAGAAGAGUAGUAAGGCCAACGCCCAGAUAACUCGGCACACUGACUCAGCUUGCUCGACUGAUCCAAAAAUCAGUCCAAAGCGUCGCCGUAACAGUUCGCCUGGAGUUCGACUCAUCCAUAACCGAAUCUAUGAUUCUCAUAACGGAAAGACUUGUCACCAGUGUAGACAAAAAACAGUGGAUUUUGCAGCAUCAUGCAAGAGGAAGAUUGAUCAGAAACAAUGUACUAUCCAUUUCUGUCACAAAUGCCUCUUGAACAGAUAUGGAGAAAAGGCUGAGGAGGUUGCCUUGUUAAAUGAUUGGAAUUGUCCGAAAUGUAGAGGAAUUUGCAACUGUAGUUUUUGCAUGUCCGAAGGCAAUGAUGCUGAUUUCUCGACCCAAAAGGCUACUCCGAAAAAGUCCAGAAUCUCCAAAAAGGUAUUGUAUGAAGGAGAAGUGAUUUUGGACAGGAAUACGGCUAUCCAGCUAAUUGAAAUGAAGGUCCCUAAGAAGUGUGAUCAAGGAGAAGAUGAAAUGCUAAACAAUGCAGCUCCCAUAGAGAAGAACAAGACAAUUAAUAAGUUUCCAAGUCCUAAGAAGAAAAGUGUAGAAGUCAAAAGUGAAGCCUCUGAUGACGAUAUCAUACUGCCUCAAGGAACAUUACUAAACUGUGUCGGUGGCAUUGGCUUGCCUGCUGAGGAUGUUGGCCACGCCUUGCAAUUUCUAGAAUUUUGUGAAGCUUUUGGAGAGGUUCUCAAUAUGAAGAAAGGGCAGUCUCAGCUGAUACUUAGAGAGUUAUUUACUGGAAAAAGCAAAUGCAAACACAAACUACGUUAUCCUUCGAUUGUUCAGUUUCAUAUUCGACUGCUUUCCAUGAUGCAAAAGGAUUUGGGAAAAGAGUAUCCUUGCCUUAGUCGGGAUUUAAGUGAAACUUCAUGGGCUCAAGUUCUUGGAGAAUACAUCAGUGAUUCUCAAAAACCAUUAAAUCAGUCACCGUCGGAUUGCUUAGAUAUGAGUGAUGAUAGAUAUGAGAAAUUAAAUUCCUCUAAAAAACUCAGACUCUUAAAUUUUCUAUGCGAUGAAGCUCUUGUCACCACAGAAUUCAGAAGCUGGAUUGAUGAACAAAACUCGAAAUUUGUCGAGAAAGAAAAGAAAAUGAAAGAAAAACUUCUUUCUCGGAGAGAGAGGGAGAGAAACAUGGAAAAAGCGAUGAAGCAGAAGUUGCAGGAUGAGAUAGCCAAAGCUAUUAUCAUGAAAAAUGGUGCACCUCUUUCAAUUUCGGAGAAUGAAGAGCUUAUUUCUAGAAUCAAGAAAGAAGUGGCUCAAACUCUUGAAGUGGCCUAUACUCUUGCAGGUACAUUGGAAGUGUCCGAGACAGUGGAUGAGGUGAUGCCCAAAGAGGAGGAGGAUUGUCGAUUAGAUGCUGUCAGAUCGGAGCCAAUAUUUUGGGAUGGCCAUGGUCACAAGUAUCUCAAAUUCUGGAGAUUGAGGGGCCACUUGGGUGAAUCCAAUAUUCUGCUUCAAGAUAUCGAGGUCGGGGAUUCAGUUGCAGCUAAAGAACGAUGGUACAGCUACAGCACCGAACAAAAAGCUACGGUCGAGAAAUAUAUUUCGUCUUUCAGGGUGCAAAAGAAAUGAGCAAUCUAUAUUGGCUCGUAUAAUUUCAAGAAAGGUACUGUAGUUACUGCAUAGUGCUAUUUAUCUAUAAUAUGUUCCCCCAAAUGAACCAACCGUUUGUAUCCCGUAUAUGUUACUAAAAGAAACUAAGUUAAUUAUCAUCUUUCAAUGCAAGGGAGGGGAUGCUAUGGUUUAUGGUUUAUGGUCUUAUACAAGAUCAUUAUGUAUUUUACGUAGGGAUGGGCAUAGGACCCGAAUCUAACGGGAUUUGACCCUAUCGGGUUGGAUUAUUUUUUUAAAAAAAAAUCGGGUUUGAGUCGGGUUUUUUAAGGUUAUAUU